AGUCAGUCCCAGGUACAUAAGAGUCAGUCCCAGGUACAUAAGAGUCAGUCCCAGGUACAUAAGAGUCAGUCCCAGGUACAUAAGAGUCAGUCCCAGUUACAUAAGAGUCAGUCCCAGGUACAUAAGAGUCAGUCCCAGUUACAUAAGAGUCAUUCCCAGGUACAUAAGAGUCAGUUCCAGGUACAUAAGAGUCAGUCCCAGGUACAGAAGAGUCAGUCCCAGGUACAUAAGAGUCAGUCCCAGGUACAUAAGAGUCAGUCCCAGGCACAUAAGAGUCAGUCCCAGGUACCAAAGAGUCAGUCCCAGAUACCAAAGAGUCAGUCCCCGUUACAUAAGAGUCAGUCCCAGGUACAUAAGAGUCAGUCCCAUAUACCAAAGAGUCAGUCCCCGUUACAUAAGAGUCAGUCCCAGGUACCAAAGAGUCAGUCCCAAGUACCAAAGAGUCAGUCCCAGGUACAUAAGAGUCAGCCCCAGUUACAUAAGAAUCAGUCCCAGAUACCAAAGAGUCAGUCCCAGGUACAUAAGAGUCAGUCCCAGGUACCAAAGAGUCAGUCCCAGGUACAUAAGAGUCAGCCCCAGUUACAUAAGAAUCAGUCCCAGAUACCAAAGAGUCAGUCCCAGGUACA